AUGCCUUCGAGAUGGCAGCGUCUUCACUCGUCCCAGCAGGGAUUACCUCCUUUGCUCUUCCAGUAUACCUGGACCCGACAAGGCUAUGAGAUCCAUAUAACAGACCUCACCUAUAUUUGGUUAGAGCGGCUGCCCCAUAAAGCUAUCAGCAAGAGAGCAGAGGAAGAUGCCACAACAAUCGAUCCUGGAGAGGACCCAGAACAGCUCAAUGUGCUCCUGGAGAAAAUUGGAGAGGCUUUACACAAGGGCAAUGAAAGCGCAAUCCUAAGCAGUGGAACGCAAACCGACUCCCUUGAAAUCAUGAUAACAACCAAGCUUCCUUCCCCGUUGAAGCCUCUUAAGUGGUCAUUAAAGUUAUCAAAGGAACCUCUGUCUUCUUUGACCACUAAUCUAUUACUUCCGCUGCUGAGAGAGGAAGCGGAGUGGGAGUCCCGCCAACGUUUGCUCUUGAACCAAAUCAAACAGAAAGACUACGUACUUGGCAAGUUGUUUGACAAGAUGGAAACACUCGGUGUUGACCUAGGGUCUGUGUUCCCUAGCGCCGCAGGAUCGCGCACGUCUCGCAAGGCUAUUACGCGGUCCGAGGCUGCUAAAUUUGUCAAGGGUAUUGCGCCGUUCGAGGAACAGACCUGGCUUGCUGAGACAGGAGUAUCGCAUGGGGCGGGAUUAGCCACCAAUUUACUCCAGGAGAUCUCGGAAUCCGGUGAUUCUCAUGAUUUAGAUACCUUCACCCAACCACAGGGCGAAUGGUGGCAUCAACUUGCGAGGCGCUCUGACACUAGCGCCAGAGAAGCCUCGCCCAUUGGAGAGCAAAUCCCCAACGACGAAGAGGGAAAAAAGCCGGUUGAAACCAAGCACAUCGACGCAGGAGGGGACUCAACGGAAAGCAGCGAUGUCGAUGAGUUUCAGCGACAAGAAACCCCUCCCAGACUAAAGUCCCAACAUGGCAAAGGCAAAACAUCACCACCCAAGCAAAAACCCAGAAAGAAAAGCCCUGUUCUGCCGGUAUUGCCUUCAGAGGAAGACGAAGCCACUGCAUCAGACUCCGAUUCUGAACCUGAACCAGCACCGCGUCAAAUACGUAUUCCCAGCGUUUCAAGGUCGCCAGAGCCUGCCGCACCGCAGCCAAAAGCUCGAGAAGCACCGAAAGUAACAAAGGGUGGACUGGGUAAAAUUGGCGGCAAGAACAAGAAAGAUACAGAGCGCCGGCCCUCGCCAUCUCCCUCCCCAGCCCCUUCUCCAGCGCAAGCCCGAGAGGCACCGAAAAGGCUAAAGGGCGGAUUGGGCAUGAUAGGCGGCAAGAAAAAGCAAGUAAAAGAGCCAUCGCCAUCGCCUUCGCCAGCCCCUUCCCCACCAGCACAAGCCCGCGAUACCCCAGAAUCCCAGGAGCCUUCAAAAUCACCAGAAGAGGAAGAAAAGAUUAACAAGGAUCCUCCUCUUCCCAUAUCGUCGACACCGGCACCAGCAGCAGUCAAAGCUAAACGAUCCGGGAAACUUGGCAUGAUAGGCGGCAAAGCUAAGGCCAAAGCCUCCGAGUCAGCUCGAGACAAGUCUCCACUACCUACAUCUGACACGGUGGUCAUGUCACCCGAGAAAGCUACACCUGCUAAAGCGAAGACUGACCGACAAGUUCCUGAAAAGGAGGAGUCUGCAUUGCCCACACCAGCAGCGGAAAAAGUCCCUUCCGUUCCACCUGCAGAACCGGAGACUGAAGACCAGCGGGCUGACCGGAAGCGCGAGGAACUGAAGAGGUCGCUCGAAGCUAAGGGCAAAGUUCCUGCAAAGAAGCGGAGAUUCUAG